AUGACAUGCAGGAAUUACUUUUGAGGGCGGUUCCGUUGUCUGAAAAGCUGAUUCAAAGUUGGAUCUGGUGACGGGCGCCAAGAAUUUGGACUUGCUACCCAUUCAAGCACCGGCGAAGAAGUCGUGGGAGGCUUGGAUGUGAAAAAGGCGAUUCUAUUUGAUUCGACAGCCGAUGUCAACCUGAAAGUGGAGAGGUUAUAUGUAGCUCUAAGAUGCUUGAUUAAACUGACAUGUCAAAAGAGUUCAUCCUUUCUGGCACGACAGCGUUCGAAGAAACAAUAUUUGAAUGAUAUCCAAUGUUACCAGCUUCAUGUACUGACUCUGUAA